AGGCUGCCCGGCCAAGGCUGCGGGUGUGGAAGACGAGAAGAGAGAGCCUGGGAUGGAGGUUAGCUUUGAACCGUAAGAUGGCGGACGAUUGCGAAGCUCGGGAACUAAAGACAUUAGAGACCAUAAAACUGAGCUGCUUACCAUCAUAUCCCGGAGGCAUAUCAUGGUCUUUAGAUGAUCGAAUAUCUGUAAUUACUGACCAAUGUGUUUAUAUACUAACACCUAUAUCAUCUUCUUCAAAGUUUGGUGUCAAUGUGGAAAGGACUAGUAUCCCUGCUUGUAAAAAGCCUUUAGUAUUGGAUGUUGGUGUUGAUACGAAAGAAAUCACCAAUUUUGAAUCCUUACAGUGGCGUUUGGAUCCUAAUGUCAACAGCUCUCUGCUUAGUUGUACUGGUUUUCAUAAAGUUGCAUGGUCACCCUUAAAUUGUGACAUCAAGGGCAGAUGUGUUAUAGCAGCACUCUUUACAGAGUAUCAGCUUUGUAUAUACUUAUCUCCAACAGUUGGUACAAAGUGGAAAGAGGCUAUUGAUGUAUCACAAGUGCUUAUUAGGUAUCUUAAGCAGAACAAUUUUCAGUUACGCCCAGAUGUGAUGCAAGAAACAACUCGACUAAACUAUGUUCACCAGAGUACAAACAAAGGAAUGUCACGCAAUAAAAAAUAUUCUCUUUUCAAGCAGCGCACACAGAUCCUUGCAUUUACUUGUUUGGAUUGGUUUUCCCAACUUUACCACACUGGAGGAAACAUUUCUUUAGAUGAGGGAGAUGAGAAAAUUGAAAAUGAGAAGUUUGCAGUCUUAACAACUGGAAGUCAAUGUGGUGCUUUGAUAUUUUGGAAAGUGGCUGUACCUGUUACCGUGAAUUCAGCGGCAGUUCAACUUGGUGGAUUCCUAGAUACCCGUCUAACUUGGCCUUGUUCCCUAUCAUGGAAAGAAAUAAGAGAGAACCAAGGUCUGUUGGCUGUAGGUGGUACAGAUGGACUUGUUAAGGUUUUCUGUCUCCAAGUGUUUCCAUCAAUCAGUGGGGUUGCACAAUAUGUACUGUGGGGAGACAAGGAUGACUUGCAGGUGCAAUGGUUAAACUGGCUUCACUCACCCCAGGCUCGUGAUGGACUUCAUCAUCUAGUCGUGUGCAAAGGACCAUCUGUUAUAAUAUUUUCAAUUUCUGUAAAAGAUGGGAUCUCUAUUCAAAAGCCGCAACACAAAAUAAUGCAAGGUUUGCACAGGAUGCCAAUUACAGGCCUGGCUUGUACAAACAAUGGGACUGUCUUUACCUCCAGCUUAGAUGGUUCAGUGCAAACAUGGACUGUUGAUGGAAGGUCAACAACUGCGAUUAAUUAUGAUUCAAAGAAAGGCUUCAUGUGCACUGGCAUUGGAGUUUCUGCUAAUACUGUCUUCCUUGCAUUGUUCCUCUCUCCCUCAAACUACACGCAGCAAAGUCUGGAGUCUCAUCAAAUUUAUAUACAGUUCGUUAACAUUGCAUGGGGUUUGCCAUCAGUAGCUCGUCUACUGAACUGUCAAAAUGUUCAACUGGAAAGAAGGUGGGAUGUAUCCAAAGCUGUGCAGCACUUCAUUUUUUACACUGAUCUUCCAGAGGAGCUCAAUCUGGCAUUGACCAUGAAGGCUUUGGAGACCUGUUCGUUUCCCGAGUUAAUAAUCAGACAUCAUGUGUUUUCUGUUAUGCUGGUUGUCGCACGGCAGCAGGAAAGUGAGCUUGGUUGUAAUGAGUCACAGCUGAAUGACUUUGCAGCCCAGCUUGAACGCACUGUAAACUGCAUGUACAAACGCUUGGUUACUGCGACAUUAAUUAGCUGGUUAGAAGGAAGAGAAGAAGGAACUGUCAAUCAUUCAGACUCGGUGUCAGCCCUUGUAAUGUGCGACUGGUUGGUAAUGAAUGUUAAUGACUCAGCUGCGCUUGAUCUUGUUGCUAAAGUGUAUCAAGCCUGUUGUGAUGCGGAGGGUUUAAACAAGUUAACGACGCUUAGUAAAGAACGCCAGGCAAGUGUCAAGGAAAGUCUUUUGAAGAGAUCUUUGCCUCAAACGCAAGUCUCAGUUAUCAAUUCUGUCAACUUGCAGAGCAAUACUGAGGUUAUGACAGAGCUUACGCAAUCAACUGAAACCUCUGAUGUAGUUGAUAUUUCUGUUUUGGAAGAUGAAACUACAAGUUUGGUUGCCUUGCCUAUCAGAGAAACAUGCUCAGUUUGCGAGGCUGCUAUUGCUGUAGAAAGUUUGAACUACGGAACAUGCCUUAACGGACACAGGUGGCCGCGUUGUAGUGUUUCAUUUACUGUUUGUACUGAACUAGCCGGGAGACGCUGUCAAGAUUGUACUAGAUGUGUUUCAACUCCAAGUCUCGGAUCAUCUCGUUGGUUGCGUGGCCUUUUUCAGUUGACAUCUAAGUGUCCUUUCUGUUUCGGCUUCUUUCGUUAAUUUUGUCAUCCUCGUAGCUGGAUUAAUGUGUGCAACAGACUGUCAGUGAUUUUAUCGGGGAAAAGUCAUGGACUUUCAUUGGAAAAGUGUUGUCUGUGGCGACCAUGUAAUAUUUAGCCAAUAUUUUCCCGUUGUGUGAUCGGCAUCACCAGACCCUCGCCAGUAGUAGGCACGAAGUCGAUGAAACAUUAUCCAUUUUAAGAGCAAUUCUCCAGGAAAGUGAAGCAAA